GUGCUAUCUAUUUCCGGGUCGUGACCGCGCUCCUUCUGCCCUAGCCGGGUUGUACGGGUCAGGCCUGAGGUGAGGAGCGGCUGCCGCUGGGGCCCGGCUUUUUCUUCUGACGGAGUUUUCUUCUCCCCGGGAUUGGAGUACUCCACUUCCAUGAGAGGCGGUAGCUAUGUCAAUGGGAGAAGCCAUCCUGUCAACUCAGUUGUCUACACGGGAUUAGUUUCCCUGUUGUUUGGGGGAUUUGUCAAAGAUGAACUCAGAUGAUUACAUGUCUUGGAGUGGAGCUAACUUGUCUCCUCACCUGCACAAUGAAGAAUGUAACCUAGUUAUCAAUCUGCUCAAAGAGUGUCACAAAGAGCACACCUUUUUGAGAUUUUUUGGCCACUGCAAUGACCUUGACCGUGAGAUGCGGAAAUGCUUAAAGAAGGAGUAUCAAGAAAACCGAGCCAAGAGCCGGGCACAUGCUGAAGAGAUGUGUCAGAGGCUCACUAAUGCUUCAAAACACUCUGAGAGCUGAGCUAUGUUGCAGCUGGACAGCUAUACAUCAUAUGGACAUUUGGCUGAAAGCUGAAGGAACAUCUCUUGUUUUGUCUUCUGUACACUUGGAUAUAAAAUGCUAUUUACUCAACUGCUAAUAUUUGUAAUAAAAAUUUCUGAAGUUUACACUUA